GUUGGCCCAUAUGACUGUACCUGAAAAUUGAACCAGUCCAACAUUGACAUUGUCACUCAAGAUUUUGGUGGGCUGUGCACAUAAAAACCUUCAAAACCUCUGUUCGGCUCGCCGGAAAAAUCAUCGCCGACGACAUUUCCGGCGAAUUUACGGAUGUGUGCUACUUUGCGCCUUACGCGCAUCAAUUUCAAGGUAAGUCAUUUUCCCCUGUUUCCGACAACCUUGUACACUUCACAACUGCUAGUUUUACACUCCCACAAAAAUCUAAACCCUAAAGUUACCAGAUUUUCUACUGAAAGCUCAUAUAACAGUUCAAAUUCAUUAGGUUCUACAAAGGGAUUUGAUUUUCUUGAACAGUUUUCCCCUUUCAAGAAUUUAUCAAAAUCUUUUACUUACACUGUCAUUUCCUCAAAUGAGAGGCGUAAAGUUGUUGUGGGGUUGUCAAGAAUUAUAAAAGGUGAAAAAGGUUACCUUUUGGAAGCAUUUUCAAGAGAUUUUUGCCCAUCAUUUUUGGUAAAGAUUAUGAAGUUGUUUGAUGAUAGACAAGUUGCAUUUGCAUUUUUUAAGUAUGUUGUUCAAGAUUAUUCUGAGAGUACAGUGAAGUCAUGUUGUAUUAGUGCUCAUUUUUUGGCUGCUGGGGAUUUGAGGUUUUUGGCACAGGAUAUGCUUUCUUGGAUCAUUAGGAGGAUUGGGAAAUGUAGGAGUGAUGAAGUUGUGGAGUUCAUGUGGAGGGAGCAUUAUAAGUAUGAGUGUAACUUUUCGGUUCUUGAUACAUUAAUGCGGGCUUUUUUAACUGCAGAAAUGGUUUCUGGUGCAUUAGAGAUUUGGAGUAAGAUGAGAGACAAUGGAAAGUGGCCGGGUAGGUCGGCUAUCAGCAUCCUAUUUAAGCUGUUGCUUAAGAUUGGUGAUUAUGGUAGUGUCUGGAAGUUAUUUCGGGAUAUGUUGCAUAAAGGGCCUCGUCCUACUAUCGAUAUCUUUAAUGUAAUGAUUCUUGGAUAUUGUAGAAAAGGUAGACUUCAAACAGGAGAAAGUUUAUUUCAUCUGUUGAGGAAGUUUGGAUGUGAGCCAGAUGUUAUUACAUACAAUAUUUUGAUCAAUGCAUACUGUAUUAGGGGAUGGACUUCAGAUGCAUUGGACUUGGUGCAGAUGAUGGUCGAAUAUGAAUGUAAUCCCAGUAUCCCUACCUUUAGUACGGUUAUCAAUGCUCUAUGCAAGGAAGGCAACGUGGUGGAAGCCAGAAAAUUGUUUGACGGAAUGCAAGAGGUGGGUGUCUUUCCUAGCACUGUCACAUAUAACGUUCUGAUGGAUGGCUACGUUAAGGCACGGGAAAUUUUUCAAGCAAGUAUGCUAUAUGAAGAAAUGAAAAAGAAGGGUGUAGCUCCAGAUGCUAUAACUUUUAACAUUUUGGUGGCAGGUCACUAUAAGUAUGGUAGGGAAGAGGACGGCGACCGAUUAUUAUGGAAUCUAACAACGGUAGGACUUUUUCCAGAUUACUUAUUCUCCGAUGUAUCUAUUGCAGGAUUGUGUUGGACAGGAAGGUUGAACGAGGCUGUGGCAUUGUUGAAUAAUCUGCUUGAAAAGGGGAUACCUGUUAGUGUAAUAGCUUUUAAUUCCAUUAUUGCUGCUUACAGCAAAGAAGGGUUAGAAGAAAAAGCAUUUGAAGUCUAUAAUAUUAUGGUUCAAUUUGGUCAGACUCCUUCAGCUUCCACAUGCGCUUCUCUGCUCAUGGGUUUGUCAAUGACAGGGAAGCUGCAAGAAGCAAGAGAUUUAAUGGCUAAGAUGAUCGCGAUGUCCUUCCCUAUAAACAGAACUGCUUUCACUGUGCUUCUGGAUGGGUAUUUUAAGAAAGGGAAUGUAAUGGGAGCUAGAACACUGUGGGAAGAGAUGGAAAAUAUGGGAAUCGCUCCUGAUGCUGUUGCUUUUUCUGCAUUGAUAGAUGGGCUUGUUAAAGCAGGAUCUGUUGAAGAUGGGUAUGAUGCGUUUUUUCAGAUGAUUAGGAAAGGCCUCGUGCCAAAUAAUUUUGUUUAUAAUUCUCUAAUUACUGGUUUUUGUAAUAGCGGAAACAUGAAUGAAGCUCAGAAAUUAGAGAGGGACAUGAGGGAAAGGGGUCUUUUCCCAGAUGUCUUUACAAUUAAUACCAUCAUUAAUGGUUUUUGCAAACAGGGAAGAAUGAGAUUAGCUAUUGACAGUUUUGUGGAAAUGCAACGAAGUGGUUUACAACCUGAUAUCGUUACAUAUAACACCUUGAUCAAUGGCUUCUGCAAGGCAUUCGAUGUGGUUAAUGCGGAUAACUUUAUGACAAGAAUGUAUGCCAGUGGAUGGGAACCUGAUAUCACAACCUACAAUAUAAGACUUCAUGGUUUCUGUAGUACUAGGAGGAUAAAUCGAGCUGUUAUGAUGUUGGAUGAGCUUGUAUCUGCUGGUGUGGUGCCAAAUACAGUUACAUACAACACUAUGAUGAAUAGUGCUUGCAAUGACAUAUUGGACCGUGCAAUGAUUUUAGCUGCAAAGUUGCUUAAGAUGGCAUUCAUCCCAAACACUGUUACAGCUAACUUACUACUUUCUCACCUAUGGAAGCAGGGACUACCUCGGCGGACCUUGAUUUGGGGGCAGAAAUUGAGCGAAAUUGGUUUAGAGUUUGAUGAAAUAACGUAUAAAAUAUUGGACAAAGCUUCUCAUUAUAUACAAGAAAACGCAGAAUAUUGUACAGAAACAACAGAAAAGAGUCUCUUGCUAGACUUCCUCAUGUACAUUACCUAUGACUACAUACGUAGAAGCAGGGUUUAUAAAGAUAAUAAUGACAGCUCUUUCGAACUAGUUGAGGAUGGACCUUGUGGGUCCUUCAAGUUAGUCAAUAAAGCAACUGUGUAGCCAAUCUGAUGAAAGAGCAAGAAACUUAAAUGACUAUCAGCCCUGAAAUUCUUUUGGAAAGGACAACAGAAAAACCUACUGAAAGACCCAAUGUGGCUUCAGUAACUUUCUCAAAGGCUAAAGAAGCUUGGAUCCUUUAGAACCAAUGAUGCUUCCUGACCUGAAGUUGGUUACCACAUCAUGAAGCUGCAGUUUCUAUCGCAAGUCGCAUAAUUGUGAACAAUGGUACUUUCUCUUGUUGACUGAAACAUAAUUGAUGCUGGAAUCUGGAUAGGUUUUGUGAGAUGGCCAAUAGGGUCUCGUUCUCUAGCGGACUGUGGCAACUGGAAACGGGUAGGUAAUAGCAGCUGCUAUGGAAUACCACCAUUGUAAAGGACUGAAAAUGAAUUUGUGAGCCACCAUACGGCAUACACGGUCUUACAACUUUUUGAAGUACCUAUCUUUCUGGCUGACAGAAAGUCAGUCACUCUGCCUCAUCUAUCUUCAACCAAGCAUUAUUUAUAUAACAUGUUUUUAUGUAGAAUUUGGAUAAUCUCAGGUAUUUUAAAGGCAAGAUCUGCAUUGGUCAUUCUUGUUUGGCCAAGAUUUUUUUUUUUUUACUGUUAAAAGUUUUAGAUUUAUGAGAUGAGAUUUGUUAGAGGGGUUUGAAUCAACUUCUUUGAUUUUGUGUGUCAUCGUUAAUCUAGAAAACAUUCUUCCAGGAAUCAACAUCUGACACUCUGGCUUCCAUGAUAUCUGCCUCCUACUUUUGCCAGUAUUGCCUUUUGAACUGCAGUGAGCCCUCAAUUCUGCCCAUCUCCUGAAGUCUACUUUCCUUUCUUCACUUCCUCGAGCCCUGCCUUUUGUUCUGAAAGUGUACACUCUCACCAAUAAUCCUAGUGACAGCAUUCUGGCAUGUCAAUGACCCAAUUUUCAAUUGACUAAAACACCCUUAGUUUCCAGACUGCUCUGCUCCGUGCCAUUAUUUAUAUUAUUAGCUCGAUGAUCUGAAGCUAUUUUAGGUUUGUUUAUCACGGACUUUUACAUUUUUAAGUUUGUUCAGUCUCAGUUUUGCUGUCACAAUUUCAUGUGGAUAAUGAGGGUAUGGAAAGUUUGAUACGAGUGUGGAUUCUUGCUUAUAAUUUAUCCACUUGGUUAUGUCGAAUCUGAUUGACUCUCCAUCCUAAAAACAAGAUGUGGAACUUGAUUUACUUGUUUUUCUUUCAGUUUGGAUUUUCUAAUCAAGUCGAAGGACAGCUUGCAAAAAGAUUCUGUUACGAUUCCUCUAUGACCCCUCUGUGCACCUGUGUGAGAAGAGACUUAGAUGCUGAUCUAUGUCUGGAAUUUGCCUGAUGUUUCCUUGAGUUGAUACUGAAGGUAAUGGAAAGUAAAUCAUUGCUAUCGCUGGUUGGGUCCUUGGGGAUGUGCCUAAAGAUUUGAUCCUGAAAAGAACUGUUAUGGCAAAUGAUAAAAGAUCAAGAGCUGUGUUAUGGGAAAAAUAGUGACAGCAGUAAUUUCCCGACGAUUGUGAAUUUAUUAUUGUUGGUCUUACCAGCUGAUGCCGAUCAACAAAGAUUUUACCAGCUGCUAUCAUCACUAAGUUACUCGGACUCUUCACUUUCGGUGCCGCACCCGUGUCGACACGACAUGGGUAUGGGUGUGGGAUCCGUACCCGAUCUAGUCAACCGCUUUUGGGUACUUUGACCAAAAUCAACGGAGAAAUUCCGGACAGAUCCAAUGAUUUUUAUAAUCAAAACAAAAGCUGAGAUGGACUUAAAGAAAAUGGAAUACCUUGUUUAUUGAAAUUUCUAUGUCACUCCUUUUCCUUUUAUCUCCUUCCGGGAUUCUCCUCUUGAUCAAUAUUUUCUCCUCAUGUUUUCCACAUAAUAUCUCAUAAUUUAGGUUUUAUAGUUCUAUUUUUAGAUAUUUCAAUUAUUUUUAGCCGAAUCCCUGCACCCGUAUCCCCGAAUCUUAGAAUUUAGAUCAUGAAGGAUCCGACCUCUAGAUCUGCACCCGUAUCGGACACCCGCACCCGAGUCCGAGUAACUUAGGCUAUCGAUCAAAAAAGGUUUUGCCAGCUUUUGCCAUUUUUACCGUUUGAAGUUUUGCAGACCUGGUCCAAAUAGAGGAAAAUGGAUAAUGAGGAUUCAUAUGCCGACCCAACUAGCCUGGGAUUUGUUGUUGUACUUGAUGUUUGCAAACCUCCCAACGAUGAUGGAUCUGGUGGAUGCAUGACUAGAAGACUAGAAGCUUAUGUUAGAAAGCAAUAGGCAUUUGUUAACACAGAUAUUCAGGGGUAGUCUAACAGCACACACAUGCAACAUCAAACAACAGGCAUAUGGAAUAUAGUGACAUUAACAAGUCCUGUUUAAUAUUGCUAUUUGCACUAUAGCUAACAUGACUGAACCACUGGUCUAUAUCGAUGCUUCCUGGACUCCUCUUCUUCAGUUGCUGCUCAUAGAGUGUGCCCUUAGGGCUUGCAGCUCCGCAGUCUAUUUGAUGGAUUUGUUAAUCUGCAUUAACUUCCAUCUUCAGAAGAGAACUAUUGAUUUAACCAGUGACAGAUAACCCUAACCGAAACAAGCACUUUUUCAUUUUUUUGGUCUUGAACAAGCACUUUUUCAUUUUGUUGGUCUUGAACAAGCACUUUUUCAUAUGAAUUUACUAGCUAUGCUGAACUUUCUGUACCGUUGCUAGUCCUGUUACGGUAAAAUCUUUUUAUUUUUAUUGUUCCCUGUUAAGGUAAAAUCUUAUGAGAGUUUUGCAAUAGUUUUCCAUUCUAUCUAGACUUUUAUGCAUUGAGAUAUUUAACAGAAGAGCUUGGCAUUGUUCCUUCAUGAUGAAGCUCCCUGCUACCCCCUCUUUUUUCU